AUGUGGUUCAAGAUUCUCCCUGGACUUGCCAUUGUAGGCAUGUAUUUAGUCAUCCCCGGAUUAGCUGCUGUGUACAUCCACAAAUUCACUAAUGGGGGCAAGGGAUAAAGAGUGGGCAGACUUCCCUACCAGUAGGUUUUGAUGGAUAGAGAUAGGCACAACUGUGGAGUCAAUCACAACUAUGUAUCCAGGGGUUUGGAAAGCACUGAUUAA